UCGAGCCGGGCGGCACCUCCGAAUGUUUCCUGCUUCUCUGCCGCUUUGUGAGUAAUCAGGAGGGAAGACAGCCCCCCGGGGACCCCUAAACUUCAGAAGGUUUACUUAGAGACUCUGCAGACUGUAUCAUGGAGUGCAAGAUACAGGGAAAAGAAAAAUGCCAACACAGCUUGGAUUUACUGGAUAAAAUUAAGAACAUGAAAGAAUUAGCAGAAAUGGUUGAUGUGGUACUCAUAGCAGAAGAAGAAAAAUUUCCUUGUCACCGACUGGUCCUGGCUGCGUUUAGUCCUUACUUCAAAGCCAUGUUCACCUGCGGACUCCUCGAAUGCUCUCAGAGGGAAGUCAUACUCCAUGACAUCACAGCAGAAAGUGUGUCGGUGAUCCUGAAUUACAUGUACAGCGCAGCCUUGGAGAUCAAUAACGCGAAUGUGCAGACAGUGGCGAUGGCGGCUUAUUUUAUGCAGAUGGAAGAAGUCUUUACCAUAUGUCAGAAAUACAUGAUGGACCACAUGGAUGCCUCCAACUGUGUAGGUAUCUAUUAUUUUGCAAAGCAGAUUGGAGCUGAAGAUCUAUCUGAUCAAUCGAAGAAAUACUUGUAUCAGCACUUUGCCGAGGUGAGCCUGCACGAGGAAAUACUAGAAAUUGAAGUGCACCAGUUUCUGACGCUUAUUAAAUCAGAUGAUCUUAACAUAUCCCGAGAAGAGAGCAUCCUGGACUUAGUUCUGAGGUGGGUGAAUCAUAACCAAGAAUUGCGCACAGAGCAUCUUGUUGAGCUGUUGAAGCAAGUGAGAUUGGAACUUAUAAAUCCUGCUUUUUUAAGACAGGCCCUAAAAAGGAACACAAUGCUUCUGUGUGACGCGGGCUGCAUCGACAUCAUUCAAAACGCAUUCAAAGCCAUCAAGGCGCCCCAGCAGCACUCUCCAAAUCUCCGCUACGGCAUGGAGACCACCAGUCUUCUGCUCUGUGUCGGUAACAACUCUUCAGGAAUCCGAUCAAGACGGAGGAACUAUGGAGAUGCCAGUUUUUGCUAUGAUCCUGUGUCACAGAAGACCUAUUACAUCUCCUCUCCCAAGUAUGGUGAGGGCUUAGGAACUGUGUGUACCGGUGUCGUCAUGGAAAAUAACACGAUAAUUGUGGCCGGAGAAGCAAGUGCCUCUAAGCUCUCUAGACAGAAGAACAGGAACGUUGAAAUCUACAGGUAUCAUGACAGAGGAAACCAGUUUUGGGAAAAGCUAUGCACAACUGAAUUUCGAGAGCUAUAUGCUCUGGGUAGUGUCCACAAUGACCUCUAUGUUAUAGGGGGUCAGAUGAAAAUUAAAAACCAGUAUCUCAUUACCAACUGUGUUGAUAAGUACUCUGUGGAACGAGACAGUUGGAAAAGGGUGUCUCCCCUUCCGGUACAACUGGCAUGUCAUGCUGUAGUAACCGUGAAUAAGAAACUUUAUGUGCUUGGAGGCUGGACCCCUCAGAUGGACCUGCCUGAUGAAGAACCUGAUCGACUGAGCAACAAACUAUUGCAGUACGACCCCAGCCAAGAUCAGUGGCGGGAGCGGGCACCCAUGAAGUACUCUAAGUACCGGUUCAGCGCAGCCGUAGUCAACAGUGAGAUUUAUGUUUUGGGUGGAAUUGGCUGUGUAGGUCGAGACAAGGGCCAAGUUCGAAAAUGUCUCGAUGUGGUGGAGAUCUACAACCCGGAUGGGGACUUCUGGCGAGAGGGCCCUCCCAUGCCGAGUCCCCUUCUCUCCCUGAGAACCAACUCCACCAGCGCAGGAGCAGUGGACGGGAAGCUCUAUGUCUGCGGGGGAUUCCACGGAGCAGAUCGCCAUGAGGUUAUCUCCAAAGAAAUAUUGGAGCUGGAUCCAUGGGAAAACCAGUGGAAUGUUGUAGCCAUCGAUGUCCUCAUGCAUGACAGCUAUGAUGUCUGCCUGGUGGCCAGAAUGAACCCCCGAGACCUCAUCCCCCCGCCUUCAGACUUGAUGGAAGAAGGCUGUGAGCACUGA